AGGAAACAACCGUUGGGAUCAAGUUUCCUAUUAUCCUCCAACGCCAAGUUCACAUUCCGAAACAGCCAAAUUCAUAUUAGGAAAUAAGAAUCCAAGAUAACAGAUAUUAUCUAAUAUCCAAAAAAUCAGAUUAAGAAAAAAAAAUCACCCCGUUCAUGAAAAACGAGAGAUAUGACUCCUUUUUAUUUGAACUCUAAGAAGGAACCACCGCUUCAAUAGCGUCUCUUAAAUCGUUGUUCUUACUCUCUCUCUCUCUCUCUCCCUGUCUGUGUCUGAUCAUCGUUCGUUGUGUUCCAUCCAGAAUGGGUCUGGCUUUGACCCCUCCUCCUUCUCAAUCUCCAUUGUUGAUGCUUCCUCUCGACAAGGAUGACCAUGGUCAUGGCGGUCGUUUCUUCAGUAUCAAGGACAAGACCGCCCUUGCCCUCUGCGGCUUUCCGGAGACCUUCUCAGACAGCCUCUGCGUCGGAUCUUCACAGGGCUGGCUCAUCCUCUUGGACAAGGAGUCGGAGCCUUAUCUCCUCGACCCACUUCGGGGCUGCAGGGUCCUCCGCCUCCCUCCCAUUGAGACGUUCCCCUGCGUGCUCCAGGUGCUUCGGAGCGACGACGAUGACGGCGGCAGCUGCGGUUUGGCCGCCUUUUACGAGACGAUCCAUCUGGGGUGUUGGCGGAGCACCACCCUACUUCCUCUCUUGACGCUGCGUGACUAUAUCAUCUCGAAAGCAGUGUUAUCAGCAAACCCUAAUGAUGAUGACAAGGGCAAGAGUUGCUGGGUCGUCGUGAUCUUUGGUAGUGAGUCGAAGCUUGCAUUUUGCGGCUGCAAAGACUUCGGCGGAGGCCGCGCAUGGACCGAGCUAACUGGUAAUCGUGCUCCUUAUAGCGAUGUCAUAUUCUACGAUGGCACGCUCUUUGCCCUUAGCAACGACGGAUUCAUCGAAGCAUGGGACUUUAAUAGGGAUUGCCCCAUGAAAAUCAUGGAGAUUAAGUCGUCCUUCCCGCGGAAAUCGGCCGAGGCAGCACGUGCUCUUAGGAAAGUUUGUUUCACGAGCUCAUAUUUAGUCGAGGCGGCAGGUGAGAUUUUGCUUCUGGUGAGAUUCACAGGGUAUUUCGUGAAUAGACACGGUGUCCCGGUCGAAGAAGAUUACCUGCUGACAGACGAGGACACACACCCCCUGGUUUGUCCCUAUAGAACCUUGUAUUUCCAUGUUUACUUGCUGGACAGGAACAUCGAGGAGUGGGUGGGGUUGGACUCGAUUGGCGACUGGGCUGUGUUUGUGGGCAGGAGCCACUCGAGAUCGGUGUCGGUCCGGGACUGCCCAGAGUUCGAGGCAAACUCGGUGUACUUCACGGACGAUAACUGGGAUCCAGUGGAGCACGACGUCUUGUACGGUGGGCACGACAUGGGGGUGUAUAGCUUACAAAGCGGGAAAGUGAAGGAGAUUUGCGAACUCGAUUCGGACAAGAUCGAGCCUCCUCCGUUUUGGGUUUUUCCAUCUGAUUAUAGUUCCAAGCGAGGGUGAUGGAAACGUUAUUCAUGUGUCUCAAGCUUUUGACUAGGGUUUGCCAAUGAGAAUUUUCUCUGUUUGUGCGAGAGUAUGGUGCUUUGGGAAUGAUGAUAUUGUCGCCUACUAUUUUGACAG